UCCGUCUCAGAAAAAAAAAAAUAAUAAAAUAAAAUAAAAUUUUAGGCCUGGCAUGGUGGCUCAUGCCUGUAAUUCUAGCACUUUGGGAGGCUGAGGAAGGUGGAUCACUUGAGCUCCAGAGUUGGAGACCAGCCUUGGCCAACAUGGGGAAACCUCAUUUCUGCUAAAAAUACAAAAAUUAGCUGAGGGUGGUAGUCCCAGCUACUCAGGAGUCCCAGCUACUCAGGAGAAUCGCUUGAACCCAGGAGGUGGAGGUUGCAGUAAAUAGAGAUAGCACCACUGGUCUCCAGCCUUGGCGACAGUGAGACUCCAUCUCAAAAAUAAACAAAUCAAUAAACUUUUAACUGAAAUAUACUGUGCAUGCCAAAAAUAGCAAAUAUUUAUACAUGUUUAAUUUAACAAAUAUUCACAAACCAACUACACUCAUAGAACUCAGAGAGCACUCAGAUAAAGAGAACUUAGUGGCACCCAGAGGCCUCUGUUUGCUCCCUUUCAGGCUCCGAUUCCGUUCCCUCAGUAGCCCAUAUCCUGCCUUCCAAUCAAUGUAGAUCAGUUUUUCCUGUUAUAUAUUACAGUGAUGAAAUAAUAAAAUAUUCUUCUGCAAUUAGUUCUAAUUUUAAAGAUAAAUUCUCAGCCGGCGCGGUGGCUCACGCCUGUAAUCCCAGCACUUUGGGAAGCCGACGUAGGCAAAUCACGAGGUCAGGAGUUCAAGACCAGCCUGGCCAACAUGGUGAAAUCCCGUCUCUACUAAAAAUACAAAUAAUUAGCUGGGCGUAGAGGCGGGUGCCUGUAAUCCCAGCUACUUGGGAGGCUGAGGCAGGAGAAUUGCUUGAACCUAGGAGGCAGAGGUUGCAGUGAGCCGAGAUCACACCACUGCACUCCAGCCGGGGUGACAAAAAAUAAAUAAAUAAAUAAAUAAAUAAUAAAUUCUCAAAUCCAGAUAGUAAAUAUGUUAGGCUGUGUGGACCCUAGAAACAUCUGAGCCUCAACUACUAAUUCUGCUAUUGUGGCUUGAAAACAACCAUAGACAAGACAUAAGUAAAUGAAUGUGACUGGUGACUGGUGUUUCAAAAAAACUCUGUUUACAAAAACGCAACUGGCUGGAUCUGGCCCAUAGGCCUAGAGUUAGCCAAUUCCUGCUUUCAUUUGUAAUUUUAUUAUUGUGAGUAGCUGUGAGGUCACGUCUGGAUUUCGUCUUGGGAAGGGGAGGUAAUCAAUGGUGCUAACACUCUUUUUUGGUCUGGUAAUUACCAAUAUUCUCCAAUGCUCUUCUCACUACUUAUACUUUUGUCAGGUUUCCCAGCUGAACAGGAUCAUCACAAUGAAGAAAGACAAAGAAAGAAAGAACGAAAAACAAAACACCGACAUAAAUUUUCUGAAGAAUUAUUGCAGGAACUUAAGGAAAUAUUUGGAGAGAGCGGUUAUCCCGAUUUCACCACUAGGAAAACUCUGGCCGACAAAUUUGAUUGUCCAGUUAAUGUAAUAAACAACUGGUUCCAGAAUAAUAGAGCCAGACUAACACCUGAAGAAAGACAUAGAAUAUUUCUUAUUUGGAAAAAACACGAUUUCCCAGUCCAAGCCCGUCCAUUUUUAAGACUCCAGGAAACCCAGGCUGCAGCUUCCAACUAUGCCACAGAGCAGAGUUUUUCCUGUGCCAAGAGGGCUCUGAUGAGAAGAGCUGGUUGCUCCCCUCUGGAGAAACAGAGGAUUCCCAGUCAACAGAUGGGCUACAAUUGCUUCUCUUUGGAGAACCAAGAGACUCCCAGUCAACAGGUGGGCUCCAUGUGCUCUUCUCUGGAGAAACCAGGGAUUCCCAGUCAACAGGUGGCCUCCCAGAGCUCGUAUCUGGUCACAGGUACUGAAAAGCACCCAGGCUGUGAGGAGUAUGGAGGUGACACAGGAAGUGAACAUUCUACUGCCUAUCGUUUUCUCAGCUACAACUGUGCAGAAUGCCUUCAUCCUCCCCCAUCUUCUGUGCCAUAGUUUCAUGGAGAAAGGACUGAAACCAGGGAAAGCCAGCAUGCAAGUCCCUUCCUUUUGGAUUACGCUCAAGAUGCAUAUGGGGUGAAGAAAGACCAUUGUCGUUGCUCAUUCUGUCUCUCACUACUGCAAGAACAGCAGCAGAAUGAUUGGCAGUAUCACCCGCAGCAGCACCAACAGGCUCAAAAUUACUCAGAGGGGAUGAUGUUCCAGGAACAGCUGCCGAUGGACUCAGGUCCUUGGGAUCUAGGGAAGCAGUGGCCCUCAGUUCAGUCACAGCUGCAGAGUCAACUGCCUCAGAAUAAUGGAAAGCCCUUGUGCUCUCAACUGCAGCAUGUGCCUCCCCAAAUAGCUGCCGACUCACCCUUGCUGCCUCUGGGGCAAGAUAUGCAGGAAGGGGCUUCAAGCAACUCACGACUCAAACGCAGCAGUUUUAGGUUGAGGGGUCUACACGGGCCUGCCACAGAGACCCAAGGAUGCAGCUUUGCAAAGUAUUGUUAAGUGUCAGAGAACCAUAGCCACAGGUCAAGCCCACAGUCACCCACACAGCAGGCCAAAGCAAAGCCAUCUCCAGAAGCCUCCACAUAAAAAGUAAAAGUAAAAAUAAGUAAAUAAAUAAAUAAAAAUAAAUUAAAAAAAAAAAAAGCCAGCUGAGGUGAGGUUGUUUGAGCUUAAGGGUUCAUGACCAGAGCCUGGGCAACGUGGUGAGACCCCAUCUCUAAAAAAAAAACUUUUUAAAAAAAUUAUUUGUGUGUGAUAGUGAGCUGCUGUGGUACCAGCUACUCAGGAAGCUGGUUCAAGAGGAUUGCUUGAGCCCAAGAGUUCAAGACCAGCCUGGGAAACAUUUCUCCAAAAAAAAAAAAUUUAAGCCAGGCACAAUGGCAUGUGCCUGUAGUCCCAUUUAACUGGGAGGCUGAGAUGGAAGUAUCACUUGAGCCUGGGAGCUGGAGGCUACAGUGAGCUGUGAUGGUUCCACUAUACUCCGGCCUGAGUGACUGAGUGAGAUCCUGUCUCAAAAAAAAAAAAAAGUCUUCAGGAAGGCUCCAUGAGCUGCUGGUUCCUUCUCGUAGAGAAGCAGUGUCCAUAUGUGUUAUAGCUCCUGAGCUCCUGACCAUAUACUUUAUGGUGGCCUGGAGAAGCUUGACUCCACAGAGUAUGGAUUGAAAAACCAACAACUGCUGGGCGGGAUGGCUUAGCUGGGUGUGGUGGCACACACCUGUAAUCCUAGCACUUUGGGAGGCCAAGGCAAGUGGAUCACAUGAGAUCAGGAGUUCGAGACUAGCCUGAUCAACAUGUCAAAACCCGGUCUCUACAAAAAAUUCAAAAAAUUAGCCGAGCAUGGUGGCGUGCGUCUGUGGUCCCAGCUACUCGGAGGCUGAGGCACACGAAUGGCUGAACCCAGGAGGAAGAGGUUGCAGUGAGCCGAGAUCCCACCACUGCCCUCCAGCCUAGGCAACAGAGUGAGACUCUGUCUUAAAAAAAAAGAAAAAAAAAAAAAAAAAAAAAAAUAUAUAUAUAUAUAUAUACAUAACAAAAUAAUCAUAUAUAUGGAAAGAAAGAGCAUGUAAAGGUAAUUAUGUCAUUAUAAAAAACACUAUAAAUGCAUUUUUUUCUCAACUGAUUUUUUGAAAACUGCAUAAAAGUAUAUGUAUAUAACGUAUAAGUUGGUCCUGUAACACAGAAGUUUAAUAUAUGUAUUUUGACAAUAA